AUGGAUCGAACGGCAUGGAUGAAUCACUUGUGUCAAGAUGUACUCGUGGUGCCUGGAGCCGAGAGCCAGGAUGCAGUGGUAACAUCAGCGCCUCCGCGUCGCGGACAGUGGUCGCAACGCCUUGCAGAUGCAGGGGCCAAGAACCUCCCGCAUAUCAUGGAACAACUAGAUCUUGUACACAAGGCCAUUGUCUCUGAACGCACCAGCGUAGGAACGCGUCUCUCGCUGGAUCUUCAGCGUGCCCGAACGACGGUCCCUGAAGCAUCUGCACAGGCACAACAAGUCGCCGAAGAAGCCGAGGCUCUUCGGGCCGAGCUACGCGCUGCAGACCUGGCCUAUCGAGAGCUGUGUGAACCAACGGCACCUGAGCGCGCAAGCACAGCAAGGGCGCUGGCGUCCGUGCAUCGAUUGGCGAGUGUCAAGCAACGAAUGCAGAUAACGCACGAUCUGCUGCAGGCAGCAGACUCAUGGUCAUACGUGGAAGCUGAUGUGUACGCGUUUAUCAAAGAUGCGCAGUACAAACGGGCGGCACAGCGUGUGGCUGAUUUUCGUGACUCACUCGCGCAUUUUGAUGUACAGAACGAUCAUGUGUCGUCUCAACGGGCGCUUGCGACGCGCCUUACCGAGACUUUGCUCGACAAGGUAUCUCCUGUCCUAGUAAGCAGUGUAACAGCGCUCGAUGUCGAGGCCGUGGCGGAGUGUGCGCAAGUCCUGGCCUCCCUUCAUAAAGACGAGGCCUUUGAGCGCCUCUACAUGCACACACGCGCGGAGCAAGUACAGCGUGAAUGGACAGAUGCCGUGACGACAUGCCAGUCUGCGCCUGAUGCCAUCGUGCGGCUGGGCACGGUCCUAGUGUCGCUCGUGCACCAAGAGGUGCACUUGCUUGCACCACGCCUGUUUGGCCAUGCAUCUCAGGCCGCUGUGCUGCUGACGUAUGUGCUGCAGACACUCACGCCACCCAUCUCGACAUACAUGGCUGAUUCAAACGCGACUCUUCCUGAUGUUGUGCAUGCGUGCAACUGUGUGCGAACGUUUGCCAAGCAGCUGCAUUCUUCCCUGUCGCACGAGUCCACGUCAGCAGCUGUAGCAGCAGCAGCAGCAGCAGAACCAGCCGCCUCCUCGCUGCUGGUGCCUCACGGCUUCAUCCAGCUGCACAUGCCAACUGACUGGCUUUCCCUCUUACGCGACGCGUUCGCGCCUUAUCGUGCGACAUAUCGCUCGCAGGAAGAAGCCUUCCUCGCACAGGUGUGGACUCAAACGCAGGCCAACUAUGAUGCCCGGCUCGAUCGUAUUUGGGUGCGUGAUUUGUCUGAGAAUGAGGCGCCAUGGGCCAAAUGCGUGACAAGUGUAGCAGAGCUGCUGCGCUCGCAAGUGGCGCUCGCACACAAGCUAAGCGCAGAUACCAUGCACCGCAUGUGGACACUGACAGGCGGUACGCAUGUGCAAGAUGCAUAUGCGGCUCUUACAGCUGUCUUGUAUCCGAGUUUAGCGCAUCGGCUGUCUGUAACGAUCGACACUGUGUGCACGCGAUAUCGACAGCAUGCGCGUCGGUCGGCACCGGCACCAGCGCGUGUAUUGAUGACCGAUGAUCUUGAUGCAUUGCACGACUGGAGCCUUGUUCGCGUUGGCGUGCAGUUCUUGCAUGUCGUGCAGCAAGCUGCGCAUAUCGGUGACGAACUCAGCCCCAGUCGCUGUGCACGCGCACCGAUGGCAUCAGAGCAGGAUGGAUUCCUAGAUACGGACUCGACUGAUAGGCCGAGUCAUGCUCAGUGGCAGAGCUUGGCGGCGACCACAGCGAGCGACGUCGCUGCAUGUAUGCAGUCGGCGGUCUCUACAGCGCAGCAGUUCAUGCUGGAGCUGAUUCUCACUGUGUUUCGACAGCAUAUUGAUGCAUACAGUACGCAUGGCGCCUGGCGCCGAACAUCGUCUACACGUGACGGAGGCGAUUCACGCAUGCGUGUGCCGACGUUUAGUCUAAGUCCGACGGAGGGCAUGGUCCGUCUCGGGGAGGGUCUGUUGAAUUUGCCGCGUCUGCUCGAAGCGCUCGUUGAGCGGGAGCUACCAUGCUUUGCUUACGAGGCGCAUGCGUUGCCAUACGUGCGUGAUGACGAUGCGCCACGCAUGCCACGAAAGCAGGGCACCUCAAGUCGCUCGCUAUCGGUGAAAGUGUUGACGCAUGACGAGGCCAACGACGUGUCAAUGGCGUCAUCGACGGACCAGAUACUGAGUGCAUGGCUGCGUUCGCUGACGCUAACACUCCUUGCGAGCGUGCAGAAUGACACGCUACCGCGGAUCGUAGCUACGCGAGACUAUGAGAGACCCCAACUGGCGUCCGACAUGGACUAUCUCAGCACGAUAGCGUCGGCGCUAAAUGCAUCGUCGGCCUCAUUGCGUGAGUGGGCGGACGUCCUGCAGCUCGAUCCGAAAGAGGCCAUGGCCCUGCCAACAAGCAGCUCACUCCGGGCAUCGCGAGCGUAUGCGCUCGUGUGGGGGUAG